AUGGCGACUCGUGGCCGGAUUUCCUCGUCCCUUCUUCCGCUCUCAGUUCCCGCUGUCGCAGUUGCGUAUCUCCUCUGCACCGUUUUCUCGUUACUAUCGCAUUCUCCCUCCGCAAGUGCGGUUCGCGUACCUGCUACCAGCCAGCUGCUCAUGACGUCAGCAGAAGACCCUGACAUCAAGAGCCAUGGGUUUCGCGAGCAAGUGACUAAAACGAAGGGUUCUUCUGUCGAUGGUGGAAUAAGCGCAGGCUCACAGAGUGAAGCCCCCCGUGCCCCUGUUUGGCCGCCGAGAUUCCAAGUUGACUUCAAUGAGGAGAUGUACCUCCCCUGGUACACCCUGACAACAGAAGGCACCUGGUGGUAUGACUACACCACGCGCAGGCAGCGGAUCGACCGGCGGAACGGACUGGGGGAUCGAUACUGCGGCUCUGCGCUGCCUCUGAGGGCUACCCCAUGCACCCAACUGGUGCGGGACUCCUGGCGCUAUCUCAUCUUCCCCCAGGAAAAGUAUUGCUGCCGCUGCUGCUCUGCGGCCAAUGGGUGUGACGUGGUGCGCCCUGAUUGGCUGGCCAAUGCCACCUAUAUGGGCCGGGACUAUGUGGAUGACAUUUCCUCUACUAAAUGGAAGCGGCAGGGGCUUCAGAACAACUACUACUGGCAUUCAGAGGAUGAUGUGCCCAUGCGAAUCUACAUGGAGCCCUUGGAGCAAAUGACCUUCUCUCACGCCUCGUUCUAUAAGCCGCACUCCUUUCCCAGCACCACCUUCGAUCUACCUUCAGACAUGGAGUAA